ACUUUCUCCUGAACACAGCACAAAAUGGUCGCCACUCAUGGAACAUCAGGAAUGCUCGGUGAAGAUGGUAUUCACAUCGACAUGAACCACCUGAAGUCCGGCGAGGUCAACUUGGGAACCUCGAUCAUGGCUAUCAACUUCAAAGACGGAGUCAUCCUGGGUGCAGACAGUCGAACAACCACCGGUGCCUACAUUGCCAACCGAGUCACCGACAAAUUGACACAGGUGCACGAUACCAUCUGGUGCUGCCGAUCAGGUUCCGCCGCAGACACUCAAGCCGUGGCCGACAUUGUCUCUUACCAUCUCAAUAUGUACGGCGUAACGAACACCGAGGCCCCUACCACACAGGUUGCCGCAUCACUCUUCCAGGAAUUGUGUUAUGAGAACAAGGACGCGCUGAGUGCGGGUAUCAUUCUUGCCGGAUGGGAUGCACGACACGGAGGUCAGGUGUACUCGAUACCGCUCGGAGGAUCCCUUCACAAGCAAUCGUUCGCUAUUGGCGGUUCGGGCUCGACCUACAUCUACGGUUAUACCGAUGCCCACUGGCGGGAACAGAUGACGGAGGAAGAGGGCAUCGAUUUCGUGCGAAGUGCUUUGCAGGAGGCGAUCAAGUGGGACGGCAGCUCCGGUGGUGUCAUUCGUCUCGUGGUCCUGACCAAGGCCGGUGCCGUGAGACAUCUCUACCUGCCAGACAACGGCUACACUGGGCCGGGAGUGACGAAUUAAUAAGUGAUCUAAUAUUGUGUCAAUCUCCAAUGAAAUGGUUUCAUGAUCCCAGUUCUCCGG